AUGGCCAGCCCGAAUCCAUUUCAGAACCCAUAUUUUGAGCGGCUGGCCGAUUUCCCCGUCGUUAUAUGUCGUGAAUGCCGGUACGGUGUGUGGCCCAGCCAGAUUAAAGGUCAUUUACAACGCGCCCACCGUCAUGUAUCACCUGCGAUCCGGAUUCAGCUUGGAGAUGAGGUUUGUAGCUGGCCCGAUAUUGCCGUCAAUCCCAUUGAGCUGGAGAUUCCACCCAUCCGGACCCAGGCUAUUCCCCAGCUCAUUAGUCCCGUAGAUGGUUGGCGAUGCCAGUUAGCACCAGGAUCAUGUUCGUAUAUUUGUCGGAAUAUCAACACAAUGCGGCAACAUUGGUUGAAGCAACAUAGUUGGAGCCGGACUUCACAUAGAGGUCAACCUAAACGAGCUGUGAUGCAGACGAUUCAGAAAAAGCAGCAAGAAGCGUGCCAACGUGUGCAAUGCCAGCAACUGUUUCCCAAAUGGUUGAAUUCCCAAUACUUUGCCAUUAUCGAUGAAAACAAGGACUCCAACCCCAUUCCCACCACACCCAGAUCCACGAUUUGGGAUCAGGCCACCCGGCAGUAUGCCGAGUACGAGAAGCAAGCCGCGGAGCGGAUCCAGCAAGGCCAUAUCGAUGAGGCCAAUCCGUGGCUCCGUCGGACGGGCUGGGUGCCAUAUCUGCACUCAUUUUCCAGCACCCAGUUGUUGGAAUAUAUCGACAUGCCCGCCAUGGAUGACCAAAUAGAUCAAUCCCCCAUUGCCGAUCCCAAUGAAUGUGCCAUCCAGGCUAUAUGGACAGCCACGGGCCAGGUGGGACAGAUCAGCCAGCAGUCCAUUAUGCACACUGGCGUGUUUGUGCGCAUGGAAGCUAUCCGGACGGAACGGCAUCAAACCCGGUAUCAGCCACUGGAGGCGUAUCAGGAUCCGGAGACUAUGACGGAGCGUGUUCGUCCAUGGCAGCAGAUGUUGAUGUUUUUUUGGCGGACGCAGCAAUGUGCAUCCGACGAGAGGCAUCCCCCAUAUCGAUUCACCCAACGACAACGUGCCGCAUGGAAUCGACUGGUGCAGGUUGCUCGUCCCCGGAUCCCACCCCAGAAUCCCGGACGGUCCAUGGUCUUGCAACCCGGACAGCGGCGUCCAUGGGAACUCAGCCCAUCCCCCGAAUCCAGCGAGUCGUCCCGCUCGGACGACGAAUCAUUCCCCGACGAUGAUGAGAUGGAUGAGGAUAGGAACCAUGACUCCGAGCCGGAUCCUGAGCUGGAUCCCACCCAACAGAGCGCCAUUCCACCAUUAACGCCCAUCCAGCGGGCGUGUUUGGACUUUUGCAUCGAGCUGUUGAACCAGCGCGUGGUGCACCGGGAAUACGACUGCGCAUUGGUGUGUUCCAUGGCCGUGUUGGGCGUUCGCGAUCGAGGUGGAUGGCGGACCCCGGAGGAUUACCCGCCCAUUUUGUCCAAAGUGAUCAAGCUGGCCCGGUUCAUGGUGGUUCGUAAAGCCAUGGAAUUGGCGGAUCAGGAAGAGGAGGCCGAGCCCACCAGCUCCAUGCAGGAAGAGGACUGGGAUAGCGCAUAUGGAGGAUCCCCAUCCGCCCGUCCCCGCAUGUCCCAGAAAGGAUGUUUGCAGUGGGUCACACAGAUGAUGGACCAGUUCAUGGUGCGUGGAUUCCAGAGCCCGAUGCAGUGGAUGUUGGAUUUACGGACCUACGGGUUGAAGAUUCACUACAAUACGACAUCCAAGGGUCACGUCACAUGGCAGAAUGACGACGAGCUGUUGUAUAAAGACGUCAAAUUUACAAUGCGGCAGUUCCGUGGCAUGGUGGACCACACGGUGCGGGGUGCCCGGCGGAUCUAUCCAAGAUAUGUAAUUGCCUCGAAGUAG